AUGAGCUUUUCUGAAUUCUCCAUCGUGUACAUUACCUUCCCCAACGAGGUGGAAGCGAAGAAGCUUGCCAAGAAACUAGUUCAGGAAAACUUGGUCAACUUUGCCAAUGUGAUGCCUCUGAUGCAGACCUACUAUCGUGAGAUCAAGGGCGCCGUCGAACUGGACGCCGAGGUGAUGGUCAUGGCGAAGAUUCGCACUAGUCAGGCUGAAGAGAUUAUAGGCUACAUUAGCGAGCAGCACCCCGUCAAUUCGGCGCCGGAAAUCUACACCGUGCCCAUCUCGCACAUGAGCAGCCUUCUGGCUGAUAAUCUCAAGGCUAACCUCAAGUCGCGCAAGAGCUAA